CGUGGCGACGAGAGUACACAGCAAUGUAGACUUGUUGUUGGAGAAGGAGGAGCGGGGAAGUAGACGGAAGAGAAAGCAAGAGUGGGAAAAAAAAAAAAAUUGCAUACAAGUAAGAACAGAUACAGUAUUUAUGAUGGCAUCGGGGGACACUCUGUACAUAGAAGCGGACGGGUCAGAAAUGCCAGCCGAAAUAGUGGAAUUACACGAAAUCGAAGUAGAGACAAUCGAGACAACAGUUGUUGGAGACAACGGGGAACACCAGCCUAUGAUCGCUUUGCAGCCUCUUGACACCGAUGAUCCGAACUCGAUUCACUCGCACCAGGAGGUGAUUUUGGUGCAAACAAGAGAAGAGGUGGUGGGUGAGGACGACUCUGAACUGCACACUGAUGACGGUUUCGAGGACCAAAUCCUCAUCCCAGUGCCCGCCGUGGAGGAGGACUAUAUAGAACAGACUCUGGUUACUGUAGCAGGGAAAAGCUCGACAGGCCGGACGAAGAAGUCUGGUAGCGGAAAGAAAGCGAGCAAAAAGAGCUACAUGAGCGGAGGUGAAAUGGGCAGAAAAUGGGAACAGAAACAGGUCCAAAUAAAGACUUUGGAGGGGGAGUUUUCAGUCACUAUGUGGGCUUCGGAUGACAAGAAGGACAUAGAUCAUGAGGAGCAAAUCACGGGUGAAAACUCACCUCCAGAUUAUUCAGAGUACAUGACAGGGAAGAAGCUUCCUCCAGGAGGCAUCCCAGGCAUCGACCUGUCAGACCCCAAACAGCUGGCAGAGUUUGCCCGCAUGAAGCCAAGAAAAGUAAAAGAAGAUGACGCACCCAGAACAAUAGCUUGUCCACACAAAGGAUGUACCAAGAUGUUCAGGGACAACUCAGCGAUGAGAAAGCACUUGCAUACUCAUGGGCCUCGUGUGCACGUCUGCGCAGAGUGUGGCAAAGCCUUCGUGGAGAGCUCAAAGCUGAAGAGGCAUCAGCUUGUACACACAGGAGAGAAACCUUUCCAGUGCACAUUUGAGGGCUGUGGCAAGCGGUUUUCUCUGGACUUUAACUUGCGCACACAUGUGCGUAUUCACACUGGAGACCGCCCGUAUGUGUGCCCCUUUGAUGGCUGCAACAAAAAAUUUGCCCAGUCGACCAACCUGAAGUCUCACAUUCUCACACACGCCAAAGCUAAAAACAACCAAUGAGUCAGCCCUGAACCAGGUUGAUGACAGCGUGAGCACACACUGGAGGAUCUGAACCUGUAUCUCCACUUCUUGACAAACAAACUCAUGUCAUGUGGCCUGCUUUAUGGUAAGAUAUGAAGUCCCCUUUGCGCUGUCUUGAAGUGAAUGCUUAAACAGAAAACAUUUUCUGACUUCCUGAUAUACAUGAACUGUACAUGGAAAAAUGAACUUGUGAGAAGCCCAACCCACUCAGGCCUCCUACCCUACUUUGGCUCUACCUGGAUUUAUGAUCUCUUCUUGUGAAGAUAUUAAUCCUUGGAUCUGC